AUGGUGCUUAGACUAGCAAGACUCACUGACGGUGCCGACUACGAUGCCGGCGAAAUGUCUGGGAAUGUACCACGCCCACGAUCCGAAAUUAUCAUGUAUACAAUGGAUUCCGGAAUAGGUGCGUUCCCCUAA